AUAAGUCUCGGAACUGUUCAUGAUGUGCAUCUCUCCUACCAACCCCAUGAAAUAGCAGGUCAUUCCCGCAGACCAUUUCCUCGCGCUCUUCUAUGGCGCGCAUCCUCCUCCAUAAUGCCCGACCAACCCGAUGACGUCCCGCCUAUCGCGGCGGUGUUUCUGAUCAAGUUCGAUCUCAAAGUCGGCUAUACAAUUGCCUGGAAACGAUCGAUAUCCGAAGUUACCGUCGAUGGCGGAGUGGAGUUUAAGUCGCUGCCGUCUGGAUUACACAAUGUGAAGGAUGAUCUUGUAUACUUCAUCCAGGACGACUACGCCGGCAUCAGCGCGUUUGUCAACCGUCCCGCCGCGGAAUCAGAGCGCAAUGCGCACCUCGUUGCCGUGGGCGUACUUGUACCUCUGAAUAACAGUCGGCUGGGGAGAGGAUGGCUACAUGCUGAGAAGCUACAGGAAUUGGCAAGCGCCGUCGCUGACGAUACAUCGAAAACCGCUCCCCUCGAAAAGUUCUGGGAGCAAUGGAGAUCCGAUAAGGGGAAGCAGGGAGCGUCCGCAUCAAAAUCGCCGCCAGGACUAGAUCAGCGGAAAUCAGGUCAUUCGAGAAUUAGGGCGUUGUCCACGCUGACGAUCAAUGUUCCCGCGGAGCAAUCAUUACCCAAGUUCCAUCCCUCACUCUCGAUAUUGAAGUGCUUGGAUGUGUUCGGGCCAUUGAUAUUUCCACUUUACCGGGCUGCAUUGCUACGACCGCGGAUCCUGUUGAUCGGGUCCGCGCCGGUACGAUUUCCUUGCGAAUUCGCGUACGACCUUUCCAUCAUCUCCGCCAUCUCCUCCACCCUCCACUCCUCCCUCCCCAUCGAAUCCACCCCCCUCUACCGCCUAAAACCCCUCUUCAACGUCGGUGUCCACGACAUCCCGUACCUCUCCCGCCCUCGCACCGGCGAUGCCAACGACAUCGAAUCCGAGCUCGGCUGGAUCGCCUGCACCACCGACGAGAUCCUCGCCAUGAAACCGCAGCUCUACGACCUCCUCAUCGAGCUCCCCCCAAUCACUGACGACAAACCCGGCUCCCACCCCGGCCGCGUCCGCAAAUGGCCCAAACUCAAAACCAGCGCCGGCGCCGAAAUCAAGGCCACCCGCCGCGACCUGCGCCGCUACAAAGCGCUCUACUCCGUCCUCCGCCCCCUCCUCCAUCCCUCCUCGAACUCCCACCUCAACGAGGACGGCAUCUCAUCUACCGCCCCCAUCGACCAAAGCACCACCUCCUACACCGACGACGAAGAUGCCGACACCAACAACGACCACCUCCCCCUCCUCCGCCACCCGAACUACGUGACCAAGAAUCCUGCCGCACAAACCCCUGCCGAAGAAGAUAGCCAGCUCUUCUCCGACCUUGAGAAGCUCACCGAGCCGCGUUCGUGGACCGCGCUGGCAUACUCCGGGUUCAUGUGGUGGGCGGCAGCCGGGGAGCCGGACUCGAGCGAGGAGGAAGAGCAGCGCGACGCGGAGGACAGCGUGGGCGAGCUGGCGGACGUGGUGGGGCGGCUGGUGGACGAGGGAAUGAUCGGCGGCGGGCGCGGCGACGCGGAGAAGACGAGGGGGUUGGUGGAGACGACGAUCGUGGCCAGCUUUCAUCGGAUGACGGCAGGGUUGGUGAGGGUGGGGGCGGAGGUGGCGGGGGUGCAUGGGGAGCGGCCGGAUAUCGGUGUAGAGGAUGGAGAUGAUGGUGAAGGAGAGGAGGCAGUGGAGGAGGAACUGGAGGCGGUGGAUGUAGAUACGGAGGAUUUGAGGCGGAUGGGGCUGGAUGGGUGGAGCCCGGGGGAUGCAGAGUUCGCGCAGCGGUUCUUGGAGCUCUAUUGGGGGCGGGAGGUGCGGGUGCGGACGGCGGGGUUGGAGUGUUGUGGGGUGAAGAUCUGUUGAGCGAGGAUGUGUACGGUUCCUUGGCUCUUUUACGGCGUAUUUUGUUGUACGGAAGAAUUCAGGGGCUUCUCGAUCUGGGACGGGAAUAUUGCUCUUGUCGGUCUAUGUAGAUUUCAGGUUCGGUCGGGUGCCUGGGGUCAAAUGUAUCAUCAAUCGGCGAAAAAAACCGCAGGACAUGGCUCAAUUGUUCUACAUCGAAUCAGACACCCUCCUCCCUCCUUGCAGCAAAGUCUGCUCCAAUCCCCCAAAAAUCCUCCCCCCGCAUCCCCGCCCCCUCUUCUUCCCCCAUCUGUUUUACAUCAAUCCCGCCCAAAGCUCUUGCCGAUUCCGCCCAUACACCCCAUUCUCUGCCGUCCAAUCCACCUCCCCGUCCGGGCGCCCUUGGCCCGCAUUCACAUCGCCAGACGUCGCGCGGUCACCGCCGUUCGCGUGUGCUCGCGGAAGAUUUUUCGGAUCCGGGUUCAGGGGGUAGCAUUUCGAUUUCGGGGCGGA